AGCGAAUAUGUUUCCGGCAAUGUUGUCAAGCAGUGUCGGGCCCUCGGCUGCCGUUUAUAAGCCAUGAGCUUUGCUGUGAAAAACCCCAUAAAAUAGUUUUAACGCAGACUGCGUAAAAACAGCGUUUACUGUACCUGCUGUUGAAUUACUUUCGCGCGCGUAUAAACAGUUCCGAUUCAAUUUAUUCUUCAGACUGUUGUCUUUUUCUUCGGUUCAAUGAAUAUCAGUGCGGUGCAGUCGGCGGGUGACGGCUGGACGGCCGUCAACGGCACGGAAUAUGCCGGUCCCUGGGUUUAUGUUGUGCAGUUCGUCAAAGGUAUGGACACGCAGGGAUUUCUAGCCUUUAUGCUGGGCAUGGUGUCCGGUUGCGUCGUGGUGCUGCUGGGACUGCUGGCCUACAUGGCCUGCCAUCUCCACACACACCACCAACUCCUGCAGCAGGCGCAGAACCGACUGGUCAAACUGGAAGCCGCGGUGCAGUGGCUGCUCAAGGCGGAUGGCCGCGCCGGCUCCCUGCAGGAUCCCACAGCACUGCUGCUCGCCAAGAAAAUCCUCAAGGAAGCGGUCUGAUGCAAGAGGGCCUGGUGGACGAUGUGUAUGAUGUCACCGCUACCGCCGGGAACGGCAACUACGAAUCAAAAGACUGCGUUUUAUGACUUUUAUCAUAGUAAUGUACAGGGGAUGAACAGCACUGUGGCUGUGCGUUUACUGUUUAGAAAUGUCUAAUAAAUGCGCCGUUGGCAAA